AUUUAUGCUGUCGUACACGACAAGUGCGAUGAGCGACGUUUUUGUGGUGCUGCUGGCGGGGUGGGAUGACGAUGGUGCAGUGGCAGUGCACGCGUCAGAGUAUGCAGGGUGCCGCAUGGUGAACGUGCCCGGUUUGCUGCAGGCUGGUGUGCUACGCAGCGAUGGUGUGGGUGCCAUCGCGAGAAUGGUGCGAGAUGAGGUGCAUAAGGCAGUCAGAAGCAGCUCCAAGCAUCCCUGCAAGGGUGUUCUGCUGUACGAUCCCGCACUGGGAGGUGCCAAGGUGCGUCGCGCCUUCACCAGCGCCAUUCAGAAGCAGUUGGCGGGCCAGCCGAUCCACCCCACCUUCAUCCACCACUCCUUGAACACGCCAGGCGCUGAGGAGCAGUGCUUGUGGAAGAGCAUUUGGAGACACGGGAACGCCAUCUUGCUCGCGCUGUCACACAACCCGAAGGUGACAUCGGUUCCUUUCGACUACUUGAAGGCGCUUCGGCGCUUUAUUCGCUUGCAGGCGGAGAGUGAAGAUGGACGCUCCGACGACGGCUGCGCAGAGCACCGAACAACCGACAUGCGAUUGUUUCUUCCAACAGUGUUUCAGAACUAUGCUGCUGGCCCAGCGCUGUUUCUGGACUGGGAUUCCAUCACCGAAUACACGCCACAGGGCGACAUGCGACUCAAGCAGAACCUGAAUCAAGUGAUUCGGAAGUGGCUGCUGCGGGCAAGGAACGGACGCGUGUGCAUUGUCGGGCCGAAUGACGGCGCGUGGAAUCCGGCUGUGAGCGAUUCGUGGGAGCGGCACUCGCAGGACGUGCGCGACACAAUUGCGAGUCUCGUCAGUACCAUGCAGCAGUGUGUCCUCUUCUUUGUCUUCUGCAGACCAAACUCCGAGCUGGCAGACUGCUCGUUUUCAGCGUGCGCGGUGCUGUUUGCCUGCAUGCACCAAAUCGACCUGGACCACUCUGCAACACUCUUCCUCACAGACAAGCAGGCGCCCAACGUUGGCUUGCCGUGCCCGACAGCAAAAGUUUCUGCGUGUGUUGCCUCACCGCAGGUCAUCACGAGCGUGCGCAUCCACAACCCAACGCGCGUGUGCUCCCGCUUUGUGCACACGCGCAAGCACAUUGCAGUUGACACACACCCACAGGGCAGCGACAAUGAUGACGACGAUGAUGAUGGCUUUGUCGAUGGCAGUGUGUAUGGUGGCAGCAGACACCACGGCAACAACCAGCACCAGCAGUCACUGCACGCCAGAAACGUGAUUGACAUGCAAACAUCCCAGCACCCCCAGAUGGCGACGCGCAAGCGGCAAGCGGUGGUCAACGCGAAACCGUUUCUGAUUGGAUACGCCGCCUCCUCCACGUCAGGCCUGCAGCUGCUGGACGCCAAGUGUCGUGAUGCAAUACCACACGCCCGUUACGCAACCGCCGCAGAGGCAGGGCACCGCAUGCACACGCGCGGCAGCGUGGGCGGCGGCAGCAGCAGCGUGGAUGCCACUUUGAGCAGUAGUGACGGUGCUCGUGACGGCGGUGGUGGUGGUAGCGGCGUUGGGGAGCAUGUAUUGCGCUCGCCGUCCGCAGUCGCGCACACGGCAUCACGGGUCUCAAGCCAUGGCAAUACCGGCAAUGGCGGCAAUGGAAGGAUGAACAGGCGAAGACACGACGUUGACGAUGGCGAUGAUGAUGAUGACGAGGAUGACGAGGAUGACGAUGAUGUGUAUGAUGAUGGCGGAUUUGCUGAUCGUCGCGAUAUGGCAAUUAACAGAAGCAGUAGAAGAGGAGCAACAAGAACAGUAACAACAAGAACAACAACAACAACGACGGCAGCAACAAGAGCAGUUGCGUCAACAACUAAAGCAGGAACAGGCUCAUCGUCAUCAUCGUCGUCAUCCAGACCGGGAGCGCGGGCGGCACCAACAUCAUCUCCGCAUCGCAGGCGUCUUCCAAUGUCGCUGCUGGACACAAAGCCCAGGACUUCGCGAGCAAUGCGGGGUGAUGGCGAUGAUGGUGGUGAUGGUGGCGGUGACCGGAGGAAGGGCAAGCGUGAGAGUGGUCGUGGCACGGGUGGAGGCAGGGGGCGGGGCAAGAAGGCGAAGAAGACGGAGAAAGGAGCAGGGUAUCGCUUGACGCCCGCAACGCUGACAGAUAUUGCGUCGCGGAUUGUCGGGCAUUCCCUCGACCUGAGCGCACCUGCACUUGCACAGAUGGUGGUGGACGACACCGCCGACAACGAUGACAACGCCGACGACGCCGACGAUGACAGCACACGUGCAGGGGUGGCGAGCGUUGCUCAAGGAGACGGUGGUGACGAUGGACAGGAAGAAGGGGUGGGAGAGCACGUUGUUGCAGGGAGCAGAACGACACGCAGCCGAGCGUCAGGGGCACAGGCACCACGAAGGAGUACGCCAACACACGCACCAGCGCAAGCAUCGGCAGCAACAGCAGCAAGACCAGCGCUGCGAUCUGCAACCACAACUCGAGAAACAAGAGGAAGAACAACAAUGCGCGCACGAGCAACAGCGCGACCAGCACCGCCACGAGCAAGGGGCGUACCGAGCGGCGCCGAUGAAGAGGAUGAAGCGGAUGAAGAGGUUGAGGACGAAGCGGAUGAAGAGGUUGAGGCGCUGCAGGAAGUGCCGGAGACGCCGUUUGCCUCACAGGAGCAGACAGACACCGACCACCACCACCACCACCACCACCACCAUGAUGACGAUGGUGGUGACGACGACGAUGGUGAUGAUUGGGGUAACGUGGGUGCUGGUGAUUUGGGAACACGCAGCGGGCAGGAGGAGAGGCGCACAUACGCGCGUGCCAGAGAUCAUGAGAGCGGUGGCAGCGGGAGGAAGCCAACCGACAAGCCAGCGGCAGCAAUACAAGCAACGGUUCACACGCGUGCAGGGGAGGCGUCGAAGAAAGAGGACGGUGAUGAUCGUGACUUGGACCUGCUCGCAAUGAUGUUGGAGUGACUCUGUGUGUGUACGUGUGUGCGUGUGUGUGUGCGUGCGUGCGUGUGUGUGUGUGUGUGUAUGUGUGC